CAACCACGCUGUAUCCCUUCUACCAACCACGAUCCACAAGGUACAGAGGCCCGAGUAGAGUGCGCACGUACCCUCUUUGUUCUUGCUCACUCCACCUUCGACACCCUCGCUCGCUUGAUUGAUAGCUUGCUGGCUUGCUCUGUGCAGAGAUGGCGGGCGGUUCGUCGGCGUCGCCAGGGAGCAACGCCGGGAUGCUCCCCAUGCCCACCCCGUCCAAGGCUCGCCUGCCGCGCGCGUUCAGCAUCCACCGCAUCGUCAUGCUCUCUGUCCUCUCCUUCCUGGGCACCUGCCUCUUCUUUGUCCUCUUCGGCCGGCCAGACCGGGAGCGGAAACCGCGCGCAGACUGGAAGCAGCUUCUCUCGCCCUCGGCGGCGACGGACGUCUGGCCCGAUGGUCGGGGCCAGUACCCGACGAGCAACCAGGAGGGCGAGGACGGGUGGAUGCGCGGCAGCGGCCGCACCGGCAUCAACAUCGACACGCCCUUCAACCAGGACGACCUGACGUAUACCGAGGACGAGUGUGAAGCCUUUUUCCCCGAUCUGUACAACGAGAUUGACCGGAGCCGGGACUUUUACACGUACAAGAAGAGAUGGGACAGGGAGUGGCUCGAGGAGACGUGCGACGACGGCGUCUGGACGCACGCCCGCGUCGUGAUCCACAACAACCGGCUCUACGUCAAGCGGUACGAGAAGGCCGGCCAGUCGCGAACCCACGCGGCGCUGGCGCUGCUGCACCAGAGCCUGGUCACGGGCAAGGAGAAGCUGCCCGACGUCGAGUUCUGCAUCGGCAUGCACGACUGGGGCUCCAAGGGCAAGUUCAGCCUCGACCGGCGCGACGAGCUCAAGGACAACUGGUUGAUGCCCGACUACUCCUACUGGAGCUGGCCCGAGCAUGUGGGCAUGUACCAGGACAUGCGCGAAAAGGUGCGGGCCAUCGACAAGGACCUUGGCUGGGCCGGCAAGAAGUCCAAGCUGUUCUGGAGGGGUUCCCUCAAGGUUGGCACGGCGGACCGCGAAGCGAUGCUGGCUGCCGCAGAGGGCUAUGACUGGUCCGAAAUGUCAGAGCUCGUCUGGGGCAGCCCCGAUCCCAACAAGGGCCCCAUCCUCAUGGAGGACCACUGCCGCUGGAAGUUCCACGCAUACAGCGAGGGCAACACAUACAGCGGCCGGCUGCGCUACCUGCAAAACUGCCGUGUCGUCGUCAUCACCCACAAGCCAAAUUACAUCCAGCACUACACCCACCUCUUGAACGGCGAGUGGGGCCACCCGGACCAGAACAUCGUCUACGUCCCCCUGCCGGAGUCGGUCAAGGUGGACGACAAGCUGCUGGGCCGGGACCGGUCGUGGGAGCGGCUGCCUGAGGUCAUGGACAAGCUCCUCAAGGACGACGCCAUGGCCAAACGCAUUGCAGAGAACCAGUUCAAUACGUUUGGAAUGAGAUAUACCACCCCGGCAACAGCGACGUGCUACUGGCGCAAGCUCAUCAAGGCCUUUGGGUCCAUCCAGCAGUACGAAGUCGAGCUGAAUGGCAACGAGACGAGCUAUGAGACGUUUGCCCUCGUCGGUAUGAGAAAUGGCGACCCCGGCCUGCAUUAAACCAGCUCCUCCUUUCUCUCUCCUCUUUGCUUCUGUCUUGGUCGCUGCCGCUGCUGCUGCCGCAGCCGUCGAAGCUGCUCUUGGUGGUGGUGGAUUGUAAAUGUAUACCGCUUGCCUUCAAACCCUGUACGACUACUCUCUCUCUUCGAAAUCUGCU